AUGGCCAGCGAGCCGUCUGCGGCCGACGAGCCGCAGCGUCCCGAGCUCGUGGCCGAGUUGGCGCCCGCUGCCGACGCUCCGGCGGCGGCGUUGGCACCCAGCGACGGCGACGCCACUGCCUCUGCGGCGCCCGUGUCUGGCGAGGCGCAGCCACAGCAGCCGCAGGCCAAUGGUGAUGCGCCAAAGGAUGCAGAGCCACCGGGCGCGGCCGUAGCUGCCGCCGCCGAGCCUGCCGCCGCCGCAGCAGAUGCGCCAUGCGCUGGCACUGCGCCGCCUGCGGCAGAUGCGCCAGCAGGCGGCGCCGUCGCAGCCGACUCGCCGGCGCCAAGCAGCGCCGCCAUGGCCGUCACAGCCUCCACGGGCGCCGAGAGCAGCGGCAGCGGCACUGCGGCCUCGGCGCCCGCAUCGGCGGCGUCGCCCGCCACGAGCGCCGCUGCGGCUGCGCCGUCGGCGGCGACGAAGAAGUUCAACAGCCUCAGCGUCAACCGGCGCUUCCUCGAAAAGGCAAGCCCCUCGCCGCCGCCCAGUGCUGCGCCGGCAAAGGCAGCCGGUGCACCUGCUGCGCCGGCCAAGGAUGCGGCUGCACGCCUGGCAGCUGCGGCGCCUUCGCGGCUCAUGGCAGCCAAGCUCUCAGCCGCCGCCAAGCCAGCCGCUCCGAGCUGGGCCUCGUCCGGCGCUCCUUCCGCAGGUGUGGCUGCGGCCGGCUCAGGCGCCGCACCUGCGUCUGGUGCCGCAGCGCCAGCAGCGUCGGCCACGCCUGGCGCUGCCGCCGCGGCGUCUCCGCGCCUGACGGCGCUCGGCUCUACGCGCGCCGGCUCGCCCGCUGGCGACCCUGCUGCUCCCGGGCGCAGCUCGCCCGGCCUGCGCAAUGCCGCGCUGGGCAACGAUGCUGCGGCGCGAGCCAGUCCUGCUGCCGCAGCCGCAGCGGCAGCCGCCACGGCCAAGGCUGCGGCGCCCUGGGCGCUCAAGUCCACGCCUGCGCCCGCCAGCAAUACGCCGUUUGGGCGGAGAGCAGCGUCGAAUCUGGCGUCUGACUUCCCGACCGCGGCCGAAGCUGCGCGCGCACAAGCCGCCGCCGAGGAGCGAGAGCGCGUCGCGGCGGCCGAGGCAGCGGCGCGCGCAGAGGCCGCCCUCUCGCAGCUCGAGCGCUUCCGCGGCUCCAACCUCGGCGCAGGACGCCACUGGGAUGAGAUGGAGGACGAAGAGGACGGCGGCUUCCUCGAUGAUGUCGUCGAGUUCGGCGACGGCACGCAGUACAAGGUGCCUGCUGCCUCCUCGACGGACAAGGGCCCCGUCAGCAAGGAGGACCGCUUCAAGGACCAGGGACACGACCGCAGCUGGCCGCCGAAGCGCGAGGCAGGCGCGGCGCCUGCCUCUGCUGCAGCAGGCAGGCCGGCGCCCUGGGCGCGCGCCGCGGCGGAGCGCGAUGCUCCGCCGCAUGCCGCAGGGACCACCUCUGCGGCACAUCUGGCACCCGAGGUCUCGUCGCGCUCGCUCUUCCCACGCGCAGGCGCACGCAGCAUCUCGGCCGUGUACGACGAUGACGACGCCACGGAGCCGGGCAGCCUGCAGCUGCUGACGCGCGAUCGCCGAGGCGGCGACAUGGGCCGAGGCUCAAGGCGAGACCGCGAUGGCUACCCGUCCAUGUCUGCCGGCGGCGGAGGCGACGGAGGCGGCGCUUCCUCGGUGCCCUCUGCGGCCGCACGAGCAUGGGGUCCCCUGGCGCAGCGAGCCUCGGCGCUGAAUCCAGAUGCGCCGAAGCCUGCUCAGAUGCCUGCGCCGGCUGCCGCAGCAGCGAGCCCGUCGGCCUCGGAAGCGUCCGCUGGCCCAGCAGCCGCUGCCAAUGGAGCAGCAGCAGAGGCACGGCCGCCGCCAGUCGGCCAGCGUGCGCCCUUGCCGCCUCCUCGCGCUCCGCCGCGCGCUGGUGGCGACCGCCCGCUCCCGCCACAUCUGGCCGCUGGCUGGGCACCUGCGACGCCGCUGUCGCCCGAGCGCAGCAACGCGCCACUGUCGCCGCCCAUCGCGCGCGCCACUCGCGCGCCCUGGGCGCGGGCAGAGGAGGAGCCAGCACGACGCGAGCCAUCUGCUGCGGCCGAAGCAGCUACGUCGCCGCCAGCUGCAGCCGCAGACAUUGGCGUCAUCCAGCGUGAAGAGAUGCUCUCUGCGGCCGAGCGCGCGCGCAAGCGGCGCCAGGACGAGGAGGAGCAGCGCGCCAAGGAGAAGGAGCGUGCGCUGGCCAAGGCCAAGGCUCUGGAGCAGGUCAUCGAGGAGACGCGCCGGCAGCGCGAGAUCGAAGACGCGGCAAAGGAGAAGAAGCUGCGGGAAGAACAGGCGGCGCGCAAGGCGGCGCAGGAGGAACGCAUGAAGGCUGCUGCGGCCGCCGCUGCCGCUGCGCAAGAGGGCAAGCGCGCCGCAGCAAAGCCGCAGCCACAGGCACCUGCUCCUGGUGCGCCUGCCGGGCCCCGGCAGAGCAACGCUGCACAACCAGCACAGACGCCUGCUGCUGCACGCGCGCCAGUCGUGCCUGUGGCGCCGCCAGCGCCGUCCGCCAGCGACGAGGCCGUCUCGUGGCGGCGAGCGGCGCCCUUGCGGCCGACACCUGCACCGCGGCCCGCUGCUGCGCCCGCCACGGCUCGCAGCCCCGAACAAAGUGCGCAGCCGGCCCAGCGUAGCAACGAGGCGCCGCGCACCGUGCUGCAGCGGGACUCGGCAAAGGCUGCGCCGUCACAGGCCGCGCCUGCCGGUCAGGCGCCGCAACGCUCGCCCGAGACUCAGACAGCCGCUGCUUCGAGCCCAGGUGCGCCCAAGCCGACUUCGCCAGUAGCGACGCAGACUCUGCCGCCGGGACUCGGCGCAACGCCGCCGACUGGACCGCGCGCACUGCGCGCCAAGGAGCGUGCAGCCGAGUCUGCACAGCAGCAACGGCCACCCCAGGCCGCCUCGUCCUCCGCUCUGCAGCAGCAAGACAGCAAGCCUCCGCGCACGCCUCGCGUUGAGGUCGUGGCGCCUACUGAUGCUGGAGCAGCUGCUGUGGCUUCGACCUCUCGUCGCGGCAAGCCUCUGCCGGAAGCCGCCGCGCAGCCCGCGGCGAGCGCCAUGAAGCAGCCGCGCAGCCCAGCUGCGGCGCCAAAGGCUCCUGCCGUCGCCGAGGCGCCGGCGACGCGGGCCGAAGUGCCGCAGGACAGUCCGCCAGUGUGGAACAAGUUCGCCGUCAAAACGCCGAGCAAGGCGCCUGCGCACCGGCGGCUCAACAAGGCCGCGUACAAGGCGCAGCUGGCGCGCGUCGCCGCCUCGCAGAGCGCAGCUGCCUCGGAGCCCUCUGCGGUGCAGAUCCUCACGUGGGACCCUCCGCUGCCCAACCUCUCGGUGCGCACCCUCUCGCGCGACGACCUCUUCUUCCCGAAGAAGUACCAGAAGGGCCGCGUCAUCACGCCCGUCGCUGUGCCGACGAAGACGCUGCCACGAGGCCUGCCGCCACGUGUCUUUCCGAAGCAACGGCAACCUGAUGCGAACGCGCCGCCCGCGGGCGCGCGCAAGGCCGUCACCCAGGGCCAGUCCGGCUCGCUCCCGCCGCAGUCUGCAGCGUUCGCCGAGCGCUCGUCGAGCUCUGCUGCCGCUCCGACGCCCGUCGUGAGUCUGCCGCGCCCGCAAGGCCUGGACGACGCGUGGCGCCGCGCGGGCGCGGACGGCAUGUCUGCCGUGCCGACGGCUCCUGCGUCCAUGCGAAGCGGCGCCGCUCUGCACGGCAACGUCAUGUCGGCACCGCUGAGCGGCACGUCUCGCUCGCCCUUCCGCGCGGCCCUCAUCGCCGCCACUUCGACGACGUCUGGGCCGCUCGACGACCCGCACUCGCAGAGCUCCCUCAACGGCCUGAUGCACGGACAGCACCGCGGCUCGCGGCGAGACUCGGGCAGCGGCGUGGCCUUUGCGCGCUCCGCCGGGCAGCUGCAGCGCGAGCGGCAAGACUCGCCCAGCUUCCUCGUGGCGAGCGAGCUCGAGGUCGAUGGCCGUGGCGCGCGCAGCAGGGGCACGAGCUCGACGCAGACACAGACGCCCGCGCUGCCCUCGCCUGGCCAGAUGGACUCUUCCACCUGGGGCCAGGGCCCGCUGACGUUCCCAGUCCUGCCGGCCAAUGCCAGCGGCGCCUCAUCCAGCGGAGCGGCCGACUCCUCGCACGUCAAGAGCCUGUGGGCGCCGCCGGACGCGCGCGCCUCGGCCGCGAGCCGGCCCGCGCAGAACUCGCUCAAGGGCAUCGCCGACGACCCGCUGUCGAUGCCGCUGUCCAUGCUCGACCUCGGCAAUGCGCCCGAGGUCGACAGCCCUACGCACGUGCUGCCGCCCUCGACCGAUCGACGAGGCAAUGCCGCGCCUUCGGAUGGCCGGGCAAACGGCUACGCCCACUCGUCGGCACCGUCUCCGCACGCCGGCCGCCAGCCGCAUCGCCCUGCCACGGGCCCCUCCACGCCGGCAGCAAAGACGACGGAGCUCGGUGGCACCGGCGCGCCGUCACCGGCCGUGCAGAGUCUCAGCUCGCUCGAUCUUGCCGACAACAGCGGCAGCGCCGGUGCCGCCGCGGGCGCGCACGAGCGCAGUGCCUCCCAUGGCGCUUCGGCUCACGAUCUGCGGCCCAGCGGCGGCCACGGCGCCACCAGUGCCGCGCAGGGCAACCCGUACGCCGCCUAUUCGUAUGCGCCGCAGAGCUGGAGCCACGGUGCCUACCAGCCGCGGCCGCCGCAGGGCUACACGGCCUACGGACCCGCCGCCAAUGCCGGCUAUGGCGCCGGCGGCUUCUCGCCCUUCCCCGUGCAGCAGCGCUCGCUCCUCAAUGCCAGCGCCACGCCGUGGCUCGAUGCGCCGUCGCAGCAGCAGCAGCAAGCGCAGCAGCACUACCAGCCGCAGCCGCAGUACUCGCCGCAGCUGCAGCACCAUCAGGCACACUCGCCGCAGCAGAUGUACGCGAUGCAGCCGCAGCAGAUGUAUGCGCCCGCCAGCGGCAGCGUGCGAUCCUCGCCGCAGCAGCAGCAGCAACAACAACAACAACAGCAGGCGGGCUCCACGGGCAGCGGCGCUCGGGGCCAGUCGCGCAUGUUUGCCUCGCGCGCGCCGGCCGGCGGCCACCAGGCGCAGAGCCAGGCUCAGGGCCAGGGCUCGCCGGUGCAGCAGCAGCAGAGCCAGCAGGGCUCGCAGGCCCAGCAACAGCAGCAGCAGCACGGCGGCAUGCAGCAGGGCAUGAGUGCGGCCCGCGGCGCCACGUUCUACUCGGGCUACCAGAGCCACGUCUGGUAG